CUCACCUCCGGAGGGGCAUGAGUCUGGGCCUCCUAUCUGCUCUGGAUCAGUCACUGGGGGCUCUAGGCCCCACGUACCACCAAGGAGAAUUGGCCAACUGCACUUCCUGAACACGCCACCUCCAGGGGCCCUAAUGGCUAUAAAGGAAGCCGGGUGGGCCACAGCAUCACGGGCAUCUGCCUUUUGCUUCUACAAGGUUUGGACGGAACAGACCUAGAGACGUUCCUUCUUCCAGGCUCCGACCACCCUCCAACUUCUUACCCAGUACCACCUUCAAAACCACCUCGGCCAUCCUGUCUCCGAGACGACCAUCACGUUUUUUGUUUGUUUUUUUUUAACUUAACUCCUAGUAGGAAACAACCAUGAGCUCCCAAAUUCGUCAGAAUUAUUCCACCGAAGUGGAGGCGGCGGUGAACAGCUUGGCCAACCUGCAUCUGCGGGCCUCUUAUAUCUACCUCUCUCUGGGCUUCUAUUUCGACCGGGACGACGUGGCUCUGCAGGGCGUGGGUCACUUCUUCCGACAGUUGGCCAAAAAGAAGCGCGAAGACGCUGAAUGUCUCUUAACGCUGCAAAACCAGCGCGGUGGCCGCAUUCUUCUCCAGGACGUGGCGAUGCCUUCCAAACAUGAGUGGGGUACAACUCAGGACGCCAUGGAAGCAGCCUUGGACUUGGAGAAGAACGUGAACCGGGCCCUUUUGGAUCUGCAUGCCCUGGCUUCUACCCGCUCAGACCUUUAUGUCUGUGACUUCCUGAAGAACCAGUUCCUGGAUGAGGAGUUGAAACUCAUCAAAAAGAUCGGGAACUACCUAAUUAACAUCCGCAGGCUGGGCGGCCCCCAGGCUGGGUAUGGUGAGUAUCUCUUCGAAAGGCUCACCCUCAAGCACGACUAGGAAGCCUUUGGAGCCCAGAGGCCUUCAAGGGGCCCCUCUCCAUCCCCUUGGUGUCUGGCUUUUGCCUGACCCUCACCCUGGAGCCCUCUCCCGUGCAUUAAACCAAAUGGAAAUAAAGCUUUUUGCAGCA